CUCCCUUCUUCUUCGGUUCUAAGUAAUCCUUUCAUCAAACCCUCAUCAAAAUGUAUAAGCUGGUCGCAUUCGCCGCCCUUCUGGCUGUUGUAGUCGCUAGCCCCGGCUUAGUUGCACCCAUUGCAUCUCCUUGGGGACAUGGUCUCGUUGGUGGCCAUGCUGUGGUCAGCGCCCCCAUCAUUAGCGCCCCCAUCGUCAAACAAGCCGUCCCCGUAGCCACCUCAUACGCUAACACAGUCAGGAUCGCGAGCCCUGCUGUUGUAGCUGCGCAUGCACCGAUUGUUGCCGCCCAUGCUCCCGUUUUAGCCGCUCCUCUCGGUCAUGGCUUAGCCCAUGGCUGGUAAGCGACAAGCUUACUGAGCCUCACAUUACUCACAUGGCUUCAGUCAAGACACGCAACAGUCAAUUUUAUUUAAUUCAUAAGUUAUGCUCAUUGGAAAAUUUGUUUGGAUAUACAAAAUAAAUUAGAUAUUUAUUUAUAA